AAUGGCAGCCUCCGCAAAUUACUGGUAUAUUGCUAUCCAAUAUAUUGCCAAGAUGAUGGUAAUUACCUACGUAGCGUUUGUGGUUCUGGGAGUGCUGUGUAUUGGGCUCCAGUAUUGGGCUAUAAAAUCUCGCAAAGACCCACCAAUCGGAAACAACCCGACAUUCUUGAAAUUUCAACGUGGAUAUUUUGCAGCAUAUUUUCUUGCUGUUGUAGCAGACUGGCUUCAAGGACCUUAUCUCUACCGACUUUACAGCUAUUAUAACUUCAUGGAAGACCAGAUUGCUGUGCUUUAUGUUUGUGGAUUUGCAUCAACUGUUAUUUUAGGCACGUGGGCGCCUAUUGCUGCAGAUCGCUUUGGGAGAAAGAAGCUUUGUUUCAUGUUCACCAUAGUAUACUCACUUGCCUGUUUCUUCAAACUUUCCCGAAACUAUGGAGUUCUCAUAAUGGGACGUAUUUUAGGAGGAGUAGCUACAUCGUUACUGUUUUCUUCUUUUGAAGCCUGGUAUGUUCACGAACACAUAGAAACACACGAUUUUCCCAAAGAAUGGAUUCCUGUUACAUUCGCUAAAGCUGGAGUGUGGAAUGGAAUUUUAGCCAUAGUAGCUGGUGUUGUGGCUAAUUUUCUUGCAGAGUGGUGUGGUUUAGGUCCAGUUGCACCAUUUAUGUUGUCGAUUCCUUGUCUAAUUAUAUCUGGCAUUAUUGUGAUGACACAAUGGCAAGAAAACUAUGGGACCCAAUCAGUGACUCUUGUUAAGUCAUGUGGAACUGGCUUGAGAACAGUGUUCAGCGAACUGAGGAUAUUCAUGAUUGGAGUGAUUGCGUCAUUAUUUGAAAGUGUUAUGUACAUUGUUAUUUUCAUAUGGACACCUGUCCUCAUUAAAGGAGGCCCAUCUCUUGGAAUCACGUUCUCAAGUUUCAUGGUGUGUAUUAUGAUUGGCUCUGCUGCCAAUCAAAUUUUAGUGACAGAAAAAGUGCAAUCGUACAAUUUACUAUUAGUGUCAGUGGGAAUGGCCCUCCUUGCGAACAUCAUCUGUAUUCCUACGACCAAUCCAGAUGAUCCAAAUAGAAACCUGUCAUUCUUAGCUUUACUCAUUUAUCAAAUAUCUGUCGGGAUAUAUUUUCCUUCCAUGGGAUUUUUGCGAAUAAAGAUCAUUCCAGAUGCCCACCGAACAAGUGUCAUGAAUUGGUUCCGGGUGCCAUUGAACAUUAUUGCAUGCUUUGUGCUCAUGUUAUUGCAUAAUAGUAGCUUUAGACAUGGGAACUAUUUGAUAUUUAUUAUUACAUCUGGAUUAUUAACAUUUGCCUUACUGUUGUCAUGGCAAUUUGUUUCUAUGGUGAAAACUGACAGUGAUCUGCAAAAUGGGAGCACAAGUGAAAAUGACUCUUCAGUAUCCUCAGCAUAGGUUAAUAGGAUUGUGUAUAAUGUAUUAUGGUGCUAGGGCUCUAGAACAAAAGUGUAUUUCCCUGAUGUUUUUGUAAUAAGGUUUUGGUAUUUAUAAAAUCCAAAAGUCAAAAAAAAAUUCUUAAAAAAUCCGAUGUGAAUCAUUUUUGAAGUCAUAUAAUAAAGGGGUGUAUUGUCUGAAAAUUUGGUACAUUUAUGCUAUAUUUGUCAUAUACUGCAAUAUCUUCAUCCCAUAGGAUAUAUGCCACAGUUACCAUAGUUACAUGUAAAAUAUACAACGUAGGGAAGGACUAUUUAUUAAUAGGCACAUGUAUUAUAUUUAUUUUUGUAUUCUGUGAUGAGAGUCAUGACGUCCAAGACUAUAAUAGGGAUGGAAAUAUAUCAUCAAGGGCUGUGUCCAAAUAUAAGUCAGUCAUUGAAAAAUACAGCAACUAUUAUCAGAUUAUGUUUGAUAGAGUAUGGAAAUGUUGUAAAAUAUUGAACAAAUUCUUAAUUCCAUUAAUCAACACAAAAUCAUCAUUUCAUGGGAUGAGAGCGUCGAAGUAAAUGUUUUGAAACAUCUGAUGAUAGUUGGACAUAGCCUCUAAUUUAAAAGAAUAAAUGUAAAUAGAUGUCACUCUUGCAUAUUUUGCUCUUGGAUUGAGUUAAAAUUAUAUUCUGUGGUACUGGUAUGUACUAACUAUAAAUGACAUGAAUAAAUAAAGUAAUAAAAGAUAAUCCUUUACUAAUGUUCUCUUGAUGAAAUAUUAUAUCUGACAAGAGUUCUUUUUGCACAAAACUGAAGGGCUUCAGUUCAAACCAAAUCUGCAGAUUCCCAAUAACUGGAUUUUUUCCGAACAGGUAUUAGAAUUAAUAUAGUCAUCCAAGAUAAACAGAUGAUUUAUUUAAAUAAUGACAAGAACCACGAGACAAAAGAAGUCUCUGCCUCAAACAUCAAAUUCUAUGUUCGAGAACAUAUCAA